AGAAUUAUAAGAGGGGCGACUUUCUACUGUAACAUAAACAGCACAGACCAAAUCCCUGAGGAGCACAACAAACUCUGUCGCGCUACCCAUCAAUUGGAGCCUGCAUUCAAGCUCCAUACCUGGAACAAGAUGGAAAGGUUGAGAAGUAGCCCAUCCAUGGGUUCCAAUAUAAUGGAUACUACAGACCACGGAGAAGCGAAUGCUCAACGUUCGCAAAAGCUCCGAAACAACCCCUUCAUCCCUCCAUCAGAUGGUUCAUGUCCCGUAAAUCGAUUCCCGCCUGAAAUUCUGUCUCUCAUUUUUGAGUACGGGACUGCGGCGGAUAUCUUGGAUGAAGCAGAUAAGAAAGCGCCUCUGACUUGGAAGGAGUUUUGGCGCCGUGUUGGGGAUAGAGCAGACGAAGGUUCCGGUGAACAAAAGGGUCAAAUCCAAGAAGAGAAAGGCGAGCAUGAAACCAAAGUAAUUAAAGAGGAGGGAUCCGAUGCAGAAUGCGAACGCUCUGAAUAUCCUAGCGGACUAUCCCACAACUCGGAGAUCCGUUUACCUUUCCAAAUUGUCGUCUCCCAAGUGUGCAGACACUGGCGCACCCUCGCGCUGGGAACCUCCUCACUCUGGACAAGGAUCGAGGUUUCGUGUACGCACCAACUUCCUUACGAACAAGUGAUAGCCUUUUUGGAACGUAGCAAAAGUCUUCCGUUGGACAUUUGCAUCGGUUCCGAAAAUCCGAUUGGCCUCUUAGACGACAGAGGCGAACCAGUGAUUUCUAAGGCUAACCUCGAGAUGCUCUUUACUCUCUUGGUUCCUCACAUUCCCAGAUGGGGUUCAAUAGAGGUCAAUGCCGCGUCUUACGAGCAUAUGUACGCAUUCCUGAAGGCAGUCUCGGAUCGAUCCGUUCCUCCCGCUUCCCAACUCCGUGUCCUCCAGCUAUAUUACAAAGAAUCCGAAGACUCUAUCGUUACGUUUCCCAUAAAUUCAGAACUCUCUGAUCACUUGACGCUUUUCAGCGGUUCCGCCCCGCGUCUCCAGAACAUCAGUUUGUGCGGCGUACAUGUCGAUUGGAGUCAAAGUUGGCUUCGGUCUCCUUGCCUGGUCGAACUCCAACUUGCUUAUCAUUUGGAAGACUUCCGCCCUCAUUGGCCUACAUUUUUCGCUAUGUUACGUGCAACCGCGCCAACGCUCAAGAGGCUGUCUCUUGAAAUGUCAGGCCCUUCUGUAUCUCUUGGAGACUGGACUAUUGGACCCGGUACCCUGGAGUGGAGCGACGCAAAUAGUUCGAUUUUACUUCCUCAAUUAAUCCAACUCGAGCUGGCGUUUAUCCCGCCCUUCGAAAUCAUUCCGCUGUUGGGGCAACUAUGUAUGCCCUCGCUCAAGGGCCUUGCUCUCAAAUUUGAUGACAGGGAUUAUGCCGAUCUCGUCACAUACUUAGUGGGACCUACGACUAUCCCUGCCGCAUCCUCAUCCCAAGCACAACCACGUAGUCUGCUUAGGGGCCUCGAGUCUUUUAAACUCGCUGGUUUAUUAUGCAGCGACGAGAGCAUCAAGCAGAUGUAUAACGAACUCGUCAACCUCGAGUCUCUUAACCUGUCCAUGCGCCACCUCUCUUUUCGAUUUUUCGAAGACCUCCGCCCCCGGCUGCCGCAGACGUUAGAGGAUGGGUCCCCUGAUACCACCGUGCCUCACCAGGUUUUCCUUCCUCGUCUGACGACGCUCUUCACUUCUGGUAUCUCCGGUUACGAUGUUCGACCUUUGGUGCAAGGGCGACAACGGGCCGGUGUACCUCUGCGAAUGGUAUUUGUACCAUAUAGUGUGUUUGUCCACUCCGAGGAAGAAAGGUGGUUGAAAGAGAAUCUGGAGAAGUUCGAUUAUUUUGAAGAGAGCGACGAUGAAUAUUUAAAUGACCAUGGGUCUAGUAUCUCUUCGUCCUAUAGGUCAUCGAGCUUAUAUGGGGGAUGGGAUGGGGAAAGUGCACCUGAGGAAUGGGGUGCAGAAAAUUCAUUUGAGGAAUGGGAUGCGGAAGAUGAUGGGGUUGAAUCGGGUGGGGAAAAUGACUCGACUGAAUCCGAAGAGUGAAGUGUUUUUUCUUUCUUUCUUUCUAAAAUUCUUGUACGAAGAACAUGGAUUGAUAUCCUUCAUCCAGACCAUGGAAAGGUGUAACCCAAAGUCGGUAGAAACGUGUAUUCGGUUGAUAGUAUCAUGUUAGCAUGGGGUUCUGUUAACUUGGGAGUUGAAACAUUAGCCUAUCCAAUCUUCAAUGCAAA